CAACCCGGUGGGUAAGAUGUCCAAGUCCUCAUCCCGUCUGGGUCGACCUGGAGUCCAGAACUGCAAUUCAAGAAAGGACCUCCAAGGUAACCGCUCUUGCAUGCUGCGCAUCGGAGAAAGGCUGAUGAGAGCAGGCAGUGAGGGAAACUUGGUCCAAAGACCCUUACCAGCACAGAGCCAGCACCAAAGCAAAGCCUCUGGCGCAGGACAAGGACACAUCGGAGCAGCAAAAGUUGAGAGUGAAGACAAAGCCCCUGAGCCUGCAAAGAAGUACUGCAAUGAAGGCCAUGCAGUGUCUAUUCCCACCUCCUCUUCCACCGUUGACAGAAAAACUGAGCAUCAGCUCCCGAAGAAACAUCACAUGAACAACAACCUUCUGUGCGACCCGGAUGGAUCUCCACGCUCACCUAGCACUUUACCCCGAAGCCAUGCUGCCAACAGUAGGGACAGUGAGAUAGAGAGCCUUCUGACGCAGCACUCUGAAGUGGAGAGAAAGAAGGAAGUGUUCCUGGAUCACCUGAGACAGAAAUAUCCACACCAUGCUGCCAUCAUCUUGGGACAUCAGGAACGCAUGAGAGACCAGUUAAGAAGCCCUCGACCUCCUGAAAGCACCAUCUGUGAAGGUGUGUUGGCUGCAGAGAAUAUGUCUGAUGCAGAGUCGCUGACCAUGACAGUUCCUUUCUCAAGGGGUUGUAAAGCCCGAUCAAGUCUACCGAUUGGACGGUCGAGCAGUCAGGCAAGAGAGUCAGUUGGUGUGCUGUAUCUGCAAUAUGGAGAUGAGACAAAACAGAUACGGAUGCCUGUAGACAUCAACAGUGAGGAUACGCUGCGGGCUCUCUUUGUCACCGCUUUUCCUCAGCAACUCACCAUGAAGAAGCUUCAAUCUCCCAAUAUGGCCAUUUACAUCAAAGACACACGUCGCAAUGUUUACUUUGACCUGGAGGACAUCAGAAAUAUUACAUCCCACUCCUGUCUGAAGGUUUAUCAUAAAGAUCCAUCACAUGUUUUCAACCGCCACACUCGGCCUACCAACACAGAAGGAAGGCUCUCCAAAGAAGUACUCUAUGGUAGCCACAGUCCAGUCCACAGACUGUCAUCGUCCAGUCGUGGUACCCUACAGAGCUUGCAAGGCUCCAUGUCGCCGCCCAUGGUGCGUUCCAUGCCCUCUUCUCCAUCCAGGAUGGCCUACAGUGGAAGGAACACACAAGGCUUAGUGGGAGUGAUGGAUGCAGGUAGCACCACAUUGCCCCGAGACCGGCUAUCAGGCACAGGACGAUCCAGCAGUUUAUGCACCAGCAGCAGUGCCAUACUAGAGAGGAGAGAUGUCAAGCCCGAUGAAGAUGGUGGCAGCUGCAAGAACAUGGCCCUGGUGUUGCAUGGGGAGGGAGGACCCUAUUACCCAGACUCCUACUGCUCAUCCCUACACGAUGGAGGGAGGAGUAGUUUUGCCUCUUCCCAGUGUAGUGGUUCUUUGUCCCAUGCUGGAGAAAUGGUAGAUGCUGGAGUUGCUGGGAUUCCUGCGGGCUUACAGCAGUACCGUGCAUCCGUCAAGCCUCUGAUGGGAUAUGGUGACAUCACGGAGUAUCAGAUGGACUCCCUGCACAGACAAAAAAGUAGGAAAUUUGGUGAGAGCCAACUUCCUCAAUUAGCAACCCCGCCUCCCUCGCCACACAGAUUAAAUGAAGUCAGAAUGAAUGAGGGACAGAUCAUUGGAGGCGUGGGCCUGGUCUCACCUGAGCGGAUGUCCCCAAUUCGUCGAUCCCUGCGGCGAGAAAAUAAUGGAGCUACAGUGGGGGUUAUAAACAGAAGCAGAGGGAGUGGUUCAUCAUCAUCCACUUCAUCUGUGUUUAUGGACAACCCACUGGGACAACCAGAAAUGCUGAUUCAGGGUCACAUGACUGCCUUUGAGACUCAAAGUGAGAGAAUGAAGGCAAUGGAGGCGCAAAUAGCCAGUCUAGCAGGGCUGGUUCACCAUGCGUUGUCUGUGGGAGGAGAUCUUCCAAGUGAUAAAGGCCCGGUCAGUGGAAGCACUGGGAAAAGUCACCCUGCUCCACCUGAGCCACAGGCAACAAGUACUGUAGAUGACGUGAUCAGCUCUGCCUUCUUAGCUCUUCAGGCCCCAACCACUGAUAAUGAGCUGCAGCAGCACUUGCUGCAAGUUAAGAGUAGUGUGUCUGAACUACGACUGCAAUUAAAUCAACUCCGACACCUACAGAUAUCACAACAGCAAACCAUGAAGUCCAUGUUGCGCACUGCUGGUCAGGAGCUGGUAGUGUUGUUGUGUGAUCGCCUGGUUCAGUCUGAGGAGAGAACAUGUGGACGAAGAGCUGAGAUGGAAGAGGAGAGGAUUCAAUAUCUUGCUACAGAAGAGAAAAUACUCAAACAACUUAGUGAACUAGAAGAUUAUGUCAACCAUUUGCAAAAAAACACGGUAUCACUCCCUGGCCAGUUGCCAAUCUCUCUGAAAGAUGUGGAAGAGGGGGCAAUGAACCUGCGCAGAGUGGGGGAGACUCUGGCCAUCCUUAAAGGGGAGUUUCCAGAACUGCAGGUCAAAAUGCGUUCCGUGCUUAGACUGGAGAUAGAUGCAGUUCGCUUUCUGAAGGAGGAGCCUCAUAAAAUGGACUGCAUGUUAAAAAGAGUCAAAGCCCUAACUGAAGCGCUCAGCUCUCUUCGCAGAUGUGUCUCGGAAUCAACGUCCCCAUCUAAAGGCACCCAAGUUGAGCCCCUGCCGACCCAGAGUCCUCAGUCCUCCCCACAACCACAGCCUCGAUCUUCAGUCAGAAGCCCUCAACCCAUUCCAUCAUCUGCUUUAUCUCAGCCUGAGCUCAACAAUGCAGCCUCAGCCUCCCCAGCCACAGCACGCAGAGUUAAGACGACUCAAGUCACUGUAAUCCAGGCCCACCAGCACAGCCCGCCACUGAACUUCACCCAUGGAAGAGAUCUACCAACUGUGGCCAAGGUACACGGUCUACAUUUUGAGGUAAGCCCUCGUAGCAGAGAGGGCAGCCCUGCCCUGCAGAAGAAACCUGCUCCUCUCCAGUCGAGUGAACUUCACAGAUCAAGCAUGCCGCAAACAACUCAGGAGAAUCACACAACAAACCAAGUCAAGACUUCUUUGAAAACCACUGCCAGACCUAUUGAGAAUACUGAACGACAAUCUCCGGAAGGAAGUCUAAGUCAAGAAGCCAGCAGUGUAAGCCAGCCAAGCACCCAUCAAACAAACCAGCCCUCAAUCGCCACCAAAAAUUUAAACCAGGUCCUGCAGGAAGCCAAGGCCAUUCUGAUGAAUUCCAUUCCUGAUCUGAAUGUAUCAGAUACAAAAGUGGGUCACUCGGACUUGGCUUCUGGAGACAUAAAUCCCCAUACUGAGAUGGCUAAACCUCUGGACACACCGCAAGACUUGCUGUCUGGAACUCAGCAUCAAAAGCCAGCACGGCAAAAUGAUGAAGUGAAGCCCCCAGCUUCUCACGCAACAGUGGAACUGCCAUCAUCAGCUUCUCCAUCAGCCUCCCCAGGACCCAAACGGGGCACACGUCCACAAAUGGAAAAACCUAGACGCUCCAGUGUGGAAAAGAAACAGAGUCCUGAUAGGAGUGGCCAGUCUCCUCCAGUUGUCCCAAGAAGGUCUCAUGCAUCCACUGUCGGCCUAACCACUGAAAGAACUGGAGAGGUGAUCUCUACUACCAUGAAAGAAUCCGGUGGAGAACAGGGUGUUAGUGAGAAGGAACCAUCUGUUAUUCCUCAACCCAAACCUCUGAGACAACCACCGGAGGUCAAACCCAAACCCAAACCUUCAGGCACCACUCAAGCUAUUGCCUCAGAAAAUAUGGAUGAUAAGGAAGAUGACAAUAUUAGAGUCCUGAAAGAACUUCAGGUGACACUAGAAACAUCAAGCGAUGAUAAAUGGCUUGUUGAAAAAAGUCUGGUAGAAGGACAACAAAAGAUAUCCUCAAAAUCUGGCCAGAAGCACAUCCUUUCAAUUUGCACCACAUCAGCUCCUACUAAUGAUUGUCUUGAUAACCAUUCAAUGGCUGUACCACAAGAAGUCAAUGAAUCUAGAAAAGGUCCUAUGCCGCCUGACUGGAAAAUGAUGCUUAAAAAGGGAACGAUAACAAAUUUAAAUAGCGGGAAUUCGCCAAAUGUAACCUCACAAUAUAUUGAUAGACAGAAAAUGGAGGGAAUUACAAGCCCAGAUAAUGACGACACUUCCAGCUUCGCUCUAAGGUGUAAUCAGGAAUUCCUAUGUACAGCAAAUAAGAUGUUGACAACAACAACAAUCACCUCUCUGGAAAAAGAUAAUAUACAAUCAAAUGACACAGCAAUACCUGAUCAGAUGGAUAUAAAUGAUGCCAAACAGGUACCAACUGAAAAGCCAAAUUGUAAUAAAACAUUACAAAAAGAAAACACUACAGAGUAUUCUAAACAACAAUUACUAAAUAGCACGCAGGAUACAAAAACACAAUCAGAUGAGGUCAAGUUGCAGCUAUCUGGAGACAGAGAACAAUUCCCAGAAGAAGAAGGAGGUAGUUUGAGUCCCGAUAUUGUUGAUGAUGGGGGACCUCCCCCUCCUCCUCCUCCAUCUGGUAAGAUUGCCCAGCAAAUCUCAAAAAUUAGAGUCAAGUGUAAAAAUCAAGAUCUGAAGGGCUCAGACAGAAAAGAGAAAGCACUGUGUUAUAAGAAGCAAGGUUUUGAGGACAAUGAUUCCUGCGAUACCUUGAAUGAGCCUUUAGAUUUAGAGUCAGAUUUUAAGCGUCUAUCAACUAUCUUCGAGUUUGAGGAGGAUGUUGACCCAAUCGUUUCUCCACAGGGCAUUGUGGAAGAGGAUGAAAUUGACGAUACUAAAAACAUGUCUGAAGAAAGUAAAGUCUUAGACGUCAAGGAAAUUUUAGAUCAUGAUCAACAUUCUCAGCACAAUCAGCAUACAGAAAACUCAUUUGAUAAAAAUCAAGACAAAACUAAACCAGAAUUACUCAAAAAUGCAGAGACUAACCGCAAAUUCAACUUACCCAAAAUCAAAUUGUCAGCAAUUACCCAGGCUAUACGAUCAGGGUCUUCAAAAACGAGAAAGAAGAAUCUUGAAGCGGAAGUCCAUAAAGAGGACAUAGUGAUAUUUGACCAAGACCCAAUAAAAGCACCCAAGAAGCUGAAUAAGGAAUCAAGCAGGUUUACAAACCACAGCACCAAACAACACCAAAAUAAAGGUGACAAAGGCGCUCUCAUUCAAAUUAGCUCACUUCCUGUUGACGUGAAACUAAUAUCCAACGGCAAGUCGAUAGCGGAUGGAAAAGACUUGUGCAAUAAAGCAUAUCACGCAAUUGGCAAUUUAGAGGAGGCAAUCAAACUGUUGGAAAUCACCAUGGACAGCAUAAAAACUCCUCCUUCACCUCCUCCCAAGUCCAUUGACAGAGCUCAUCUGUCAGAUGAGGUCAAGCAACUGAGAGAUGGAACCCCGUCAAAGAGGCCAGCCUCUCAGAUCCUCAAGAACUCAAACUCACCCCAAAGCAAAAGAGUUAAAGCACAGCCUCCGCCUAACUGUGUGAAAUCCUCCACUAAGAAACAGACUACCUCGUCUUGUACUCAGCGAACUCACACCAGGUUACAUCACUCUUCUGGCUCACCUGAAAAGACAACCAAAGUGCAAAAAGAGGCUUCUCCCAAGCAACCGAGCCAGCAAAGCAUCCCUCGCUAGCGGUGACCCGGCGACCCCAAGACUCGCCCAAAGAGGUUCUCGCAGCGGCAGCGGCAAACAUCAGAAUCGUCGCCUCACGCUCACCACCGCCACCGCCGCCAUGUCUCAGCUCACUUCUUACUCUUCAUCAUCGUACUCCUCGUCAUCGCCAUCCUCCUCCACCUCCUCCUCCCUUUCGCCCACGUCCUCCUCAUCCUCUCCACUCUCUCCAUCUUCCUCCUUCCUCCAGCCAGUGGUAAUUCAUGGAGGGGGGAGCAGCCAAACAUCUGUGUUCAACCCCAGUUCCCCCAACUGUGGCAAGAAGUUCAGCCACACCCAACACACAGUGGCGGCAGCCACAAAAGAAACCGUGUGAUGGUUUACUUAUGACACAACAUCCUAACACAGUAUUGCACGCAAAAAUAUCAUUGCAGCACUGAUAUUAUCCUUAUAUAUGAGGAUUUAUAUGUUGAAUAUAGAUGUAUAAUGCAGACUUGUAUUGUAGUUGUGAUGUUUGGCACCUUUCAGCAGGGAGUCACAUGCAUGAUUUGUUUGGCAGGUUUAACUAAAAAAAUAUAUAUACAAAUAUUCUAUGACACAUGAUGGCACUAUUUUACUCACUAGUUUAAUCAUUGUUUGAGGCAAAGUUAUUUUUUUAUGGUUAGAUAGUGGAAGGCAUGUUUUGCUUAUAGAUAUUUUCAGUUCCAUUUCAAAUGGUGCAACACAGUUUUACCCCCAAAAUUUUACAAUAUAUAAUGAAUACAUAGAAGUAAAUGGUUGGUUGGACCAUUUUUGUUAAAUGUUUCAAAAUAUGCAUUAUUUUAUUAAGUCCAUGAGCAAUUCGAUAGUAUUUGUAUUCUUGUUUGUAUUUUAUUAGGGUCUGCUUGCCUGUUAUGCAAAAUUGCGAUCAAAUCUAGGCAAUACUGUUUAGCACAUACUCAAUGCACUUAAAUUUCAUUUAACUGUUGUAAUUUUUCUUUAUUUUUGAGUUUUCUUCUUUUUGAAUUACAAUUUAAAUGUGACAUUAUCAUUUUCCCACGAUAACAAAACAUUUUUCCCUUUUCCAAACCUCUCUUUGGUUUGCUCACUUUCUUCCCAUCAUCCAUCACUUGCUUGAAAGGAUUUGAACCUUUGGAAUGGACCAAGAAUGAAAUUGCCUUUUAUAUGUUUAUAUGAUAAGCCAGGCCGUGAUGCAAAAAUAUUAUAUGAUUAUUAAGUAUAAUGUGAGCACAGUGAGUGUAUGUGUGGGUUUUUUUACGGUCUAAUUUUAAUUGUGUGACACUGUCAAGUUGUACUGUAUAAAAAUAAACUGUAAUUUACAAAUUCUCAUUGGGAUGAUGAAUAUACAAUGUAUUGGGCACAGCUCUAUAUCAAAAAGAGUAGGUCCAAUUCCAAAGACUCUUGUUGAUAUAUGUAAAGUUCAGGUCGUUGUUGUUGUUUUUUUUUUUAGAUACUACUACCACAUAAAAAAUGUAAUAUAGCUAUUGUGUUCACUCAGUUGUUUCUUGUAUAGUAUCUCGAUCAUGUGACUUCAAUGGUAAUGUGUAACCCACCAAGCCUAAAGUAAAAAAAAAAA